AUGGCGUCUGAGACAGCUACGGCGCUCGUGGCCGGGGGAAGCAAAAAAAAACAGCGGCCGCCAGCACCACCACCGCUGCUUGUCCCACUCUGGCGCCUCAUCACGGUGGAGGCGACGAUAUACGCGGUGUGCCACGUCUUUUGCCUCGGGCUCGUGCUCUUUGCCGUCAGUGACGCGUCCCUCUCGGACCUGACACGGGGGCUGCUUCGGCAGCUUCGCGGCCCCCCGCAGGAAGUUCCCCCGCCGGAGCGAAGCCCCUUUGAGGUGCUGCGGGACUACAGGGAGGCGGCGGCUGCGGGGACGGCGGCGCCGUCGCACGAGGUCAGCUCGGACCUUCUAAUCACCAUGCUUCUGCCUUUUUCACUCCAUGCCUUUUUCCUGGCCCUCAUGCGCCGCCUGCAGGACGUUGUGGAGGAUGAAACGAAGAGGCGGGAGGGGGCGGCGGGCACGGCGCCGUCGCAGGCAGAGGCAGCAGCAGCAGGUCGUACCAGCGGCGACGCGGGCGCGGCCGCGCCGCGGCCGUGGUGGAUGGUGAACUGUGACACCGUCGUGAAGAACACCUUUAUUGGUCUCACCAGCGUCCUCUGCAUCCUCGUUCCAGUCAGUGUCUUGUCGCAGAAGGCCAGCGAGGUGCGUGGCUUGGGACCGGCCGCGUCAUUAAUGUCGAUUGCGGUGGGUCUCUGCGCGCUGGAGGGCCACGGCGGGGUGCGCAGCCUGCAGAAACUUUUUAACGGCCUUCAGGCAAUUAAUGUCGUUGUGCUCGUCGUUCUUGUCGCGGUGGCAAACCUGUGCCCGAAGGAGUAG